AAAGGGAGAGGGUGGGAGGUCCUGGGCAGCUAGGACUUGGGACUGAACCCAGGGCUGGGGGGGUGGAGGCUGGAUCUUGUCCCCAGUGGAAGUGUCCCUUUAAUAGCUUGCUGACCUGGUCUGGGUAGGCUGCUGCUGUACCUCCUUCAGCAGUGGCUGCAGCUGUUGUGCUGACUCAUGUGCUCCAGCAGCCGGCAGGAGCUGGAAGCAUGGGCUCCCCAGGGACCAUGGCAGGCUGGGGGCUUCUGGAUUACAAAACGGAGAAGUAUGUGAUGACAAGGAAUUGGCGGGUGGGCGCCCUGCAGAGGCUGCUGCAGCUUGGGGUCAUGGCCUACGUGGUGGGGUGGGCUCUCCUCGCCAAAAAAGGAUACCAGGAGCGAGAUCUGGACCCGCAGAUAUCCGUCAUCACCAAACUCAAAGGGGUUUCGGUGACUCAGAUCAAGGAGCUGGGUAACCGGCUGUGGGACGUGGCGGACUUUGUGAAGCCACCACAGGGGGAGAACGUGUUCUUCUUGGUGACCAAUUUUCUUGUGACGCCAGAACAAGUUCAGGACAGAUGCCCAGAGCACCCCUCCAUCCCGCUGGCUAAUUGUUUGGCUGAUGAGGACUGUCCUGAAGGGGAGACGGGGAUCCACAGCCAUGGCAUAAAAACGGGCCAAUGUGUGGAAUUCAAUGGGACCCACAGGACCUGUGAGAUCCAGGGUUGGUGCCCCGUGGAGAGCAGCACUGUGCCCGUGAAGCCCCUACUGGUCCAGGCCGAGAACUUCACCCUAUUCAUCAAGAACACAGUCACCUUCAGCAAGUUCAACUUCUCCAAGUCCAAUGCCUUGGUCACCUGGGAUGACACUUACUUCAAGCGCUGCCGCUAUGACUCACGCUACAGCCCCUACUGCCCUGUGUUCCGCAUUGGGGACCUCGUGGCUGCGGCUGGAGGGGUCUUUGAGGACCUGGCAUUGCUGGGAGGUGCCGUGGGUGUCCGAAUCCACUGGAAUUGUGACCUGGAUGCUGGGGGUUCCGACUGCCGGCCCCACUACUCCUUCCAGCUUCAGGAGAGGAGCUACAACUUCAGGACAGCCACCCACUGGUGGAAGGCCUCAGGUGGGGAGGCCCGGAGUCUGCUCAAGCUCUAUGGGAUCCGCUUCGACAUCCUCGUCACUGGGCAGGCAGGGAAGUUUGGGCUCAUCCCUACGACCAUCACUCUGGGCACUGGAGCAGCUUGGCUGGGCGUGAUCACCUUCUUCUGUGACCUGCUGCUGCUGUACGUGGAUGGAGAAGCCCAUUUCUACUGGAGUACCAAGUAUGAGGAGGCAAAGGCCCCGAAGGCCACCCGCAGCCCUGAGCAGACAGAGCCAGCUUCUACACCUCUGCAUGUGGCUGCCCAGCUGUCUUAGAGGGGACCCAGUCUGGGAACCAGACACCAACACCAGAGUGGCCAUGCCUAGGCUCCCUGCCCCCUUGGCCCAUUUCUGUGGCUGUUUCCUGCUCUUUGCAGGGUAGGGGCCCCAUCUUGGGGACCUACUGGAUAAAGUCCCAGCAGGUUAGGGGAGAAUUCCACCCUUCCACUCCCAGACAGACUGACCAUCCCCUGACUCCAGCUUCAGCAGGGAGCUGCCUGGGUCAGGGGCCACAGAAACCAGUUUUGUAUAUAGACUUGCAGCAGAACAGGCGCUGCAGAAAAAGGGAGACCCUGAGGCACCCACAUGGCAGGGCAGUGGACCAGUAGGGGUCCUGCUCUGUCUAGGUCUAGAGAACUCUCUCCCAGUCUCUGUCAGUAGUGUUCCCAGUUCUCUGCUUACCAGAUGUCAGCACUGGCCCUCCCACUGGCUUUGGCCAACUCCAGCCCUCCUCCCUCUGCCAGCACCCUACCCUUAUUUUAGGUAGAGUUCCCCCAUCUCAGUUGCCCUGCACUGGGAUCUGUGUAACCCAGGUCUGAAGCAAAGUAGAAAGAAGCCUGGCAAGAGGGGUUAUCUCCACUGCUCUGGUGUUGGGUCGCCUUGGACAUGUUCCUACCCAACUCUGGGCCUCGUCCAUAGAACAAAGAGUGGGUCGGCAAAUAAUCUAACCCCUUGAGAACUCCAGGCAAGGGCAAGACACCCUUUGGUCUCACACUUGCCCAAUUUGUGAGCAUCAGCUCAUCUCUGGUGGUAACCCUUGGGCUAUGGGGUUUGGGAUAGGGAGGAGAGGGGAGAGGAGCUGAGAUGGUGGUCACUGGGUCCUUUGGGAUCUUCUAUAAGCUUCCUCAUUACCCACCCCCCCCAGUCCAACUCCUAGAACCCACACCCUAGAGCCAUGGGGGUAGGAAAGCUGUACUCUGGAAUUUAUUGCUGCCCAAUGUCAUAUCUAAGAACCUGUCCGGGCAUCUGCUUGUCCCAGCCUGAGGCAACUGCAUGCAGGAGACCUUGAUCAUAACCCCAGGCAGAACCCAGUGGCUAGAAGGAAUGUCCCUAACAAAGGACACAAAGGCCCCCAGCAGGCUGCCUUGGUAUCUUUCUGGGGUCUGAGUCCCUCCUGUUGGAGAAUGUCCCCUGUCCCAGAGUCCCACAGUCAGGAAGGGAGGAACAAGAGCUUCAGGAGCCAAACUCCCUGUGGUCCCAGGGCAGAGGCAGGAAUUUGGGAGUACCCACCCGAGGGAGGCGAGGGGCUCCAGUUGUGCUGGUUGCUUGGUGGCAGAACAACGAAGACCAGCUGGGGAGGGCCGGGGCUCGGGCUCAGUCUGGUCUAGCAUCUGGAAUCAUUUGGCUUCUGGAGCCUCAGCAAAGCUUCAGGGUCUCUGCUGCUUCUCAAUCCACAGAGCAGUAUCCAUGGGGAGGCAGGUUCAGGAGAGCCAAGGGGAAAAAACAUGGCUCUGAGGCCCGGUUAUUGGAGUGGGGUCCCAUGUACCUGGUUGUCCUCAGGGACCAAAAGAAAGCUGUGAUAGCUGCAGAAAAAGUCAAGGAGUAAAGCCUGCUAAAGCCAGCA